AUGCCCGAUAUGUCUGCACUCUUUCAGGCAUCGCCACCAAAGGUUGACUUCGCCAGUGCACACUCACAGCUCUUCCAAGUCCCCGCAUCCUCCUCGACAUCCUCUCUAUACUCGCUGUCCAUCAGUCGCAAGCGAUCCCGCCGUGACACAGAAAAGCUCUCGUCCAAAUUCGACUUUGAUGCCCCCAUCACCACUUCACCGCUCUUUCACACCGAUCGCGCCGGAGUCGACGAUUUCAGCGCCGAGUUCGACUAUCGUCCAAACCGGUACCGCGAGUCUUUCCUCCCACCGUCUCUAUCCGCGAGUUUCGACUAUUCUGGAGCCCCAGAACCUUCCGGCACGAGCCGUAAGCGCAGCAGACGCGACUCAUGCAUAGCUUCACCAACCGACGAUGACCCAACAGAUACUCCAGUCACAACACGCCCCGGCUGGGGACGCACCGUGAUCAAUGUGGUCGGCAAGGUCCUCGAUCUUUGCUGGUCGGGUGCAUUUAGGGGUUUCUACGCUGGUGGUGGACAAGGCUACGACAUGGCUGCAGGCACCCCGGCGCCCUGUAAUCCCAACUGGAAAUCCCCAUCCAAGACGGAGAACGAGAAUCAGGUGUGCCGAACGCCCGUUCCUGGACAGUAUCCCGAGGAUGAAAUGGAUCGCAGCUGGGUCGUGGUUCCUGAUUCCACCGAUUCCUUCACCGACACCACCAGUCCAUGCGUAAAAGCUCGUCGAAUUCACCAAGUCUCGAGUCCGCGUCGACGACAGGCUAUAAUGCCUAAAUUAAGCAAAAGUUCGAACCUGACAUCCAUGCGGCCAUCUACUCCAUCGCGCAAGCCAGCGCUUGGUUCGCCACGGUCGAAAGAUGGGCCAGGGUCCGCCGAAAUGCAACGAUACGCGGCACGGGUGCGGCGUAAGGAGCGGGAAGAAGAUGCGAGUAUUCAAAGACUGAAUAAACAGCUUCAGGCGAUGAUUCGCGAAGGAAAAGAGGCGUUGGGGACAACAGUGGAGGUGGAUGAUAUAGACUUGGACUUUGACUCAUCAUGA